CAAUGUUUGCACGGCGUUUUUAUUCACUUGCUGUUCACAACUAACGGUAUUUUUGCCUGUAGCUAUAGUGUCUUGCAAAAGUUUCUUUAGUGUAAUUCAUUUGUACUCGAUCUCAUAUCAGAAUAACUGGAUGGUUUUGAUGAAGCCACUUCUGCUGGAUUACAGUCAGGAUGUUUUGACCGCAGGGGCCGCUGGUUUGAGCACUGGUUUGUUUGUGGGUGAAACAAGCGGAAUUUAUCAUGGUUGGCCGGGUGCCAAAUGGAGGCGCGACAUAUCGGUCAGGUCACCGAGGAUACUAAUAGUGAAGAAAUAAUUAACUCUUUUAAUUGUUCUUAUCUUUAUUCUUAAAAUGCAUCUUUGCUUGCUGAUGUGUUGUUGUGUUAGAGUCAGCCCUGCUCCCGUUUAAAACUCUCGCUGCUUUUGCUUCAUUCGGAUCGCUUCAGACGGAAACGUGUGGUCUGUAAGCAUGGCAGGCAUUCCCAAAUCUUUCACUCAUGUGUUCAUAGGCUUUCUAAUAACUGUAAUCUCAGGAUUAAGAGCCAGCUCUCUGCAGCAGGUUUUCGUGAAGGAUAUUGUAGCCGUUUACGGAGAAAACGGUUCACUGGAUCUCAGUGGCAUUAACAGUUUAUUGGAGACAAUUGUGCAAGACAAAUUGGAUCCGAACAUUCCUCUGCAUGCUCAGUGUGUGUCCGGAGAAGAUAUUCUGGUGCACUAUGGGCUUCAGAACCUCUCUCAUCUGACAGAGGAACAUCUGGUCACUGUCUGCCCGGCUCUGCUCAACCAAGCUGUACUGCCACCCUGUUCAACUGAACCUCCAGUACACAGUGACACUGAUCUGCGUGUAUGGGGAUUUGGUUUCUUGGCAGUUACCAUCAUUAAUCUGGCCUCACUGCUGGGUCUGACUCUCAUUCCCGUAACUAAAAAGCCCUACUUCCCCAAAGUGCUCACCUACUUCAUUGGUCUAGCUGUUGGCACGCUCUUCUCCAAUGCUGCUCUCCAACUUAUACCUGAGGCCUUUGGGUUUGACCCAAAAGCAGACGGUUACGUUCUCCAAGCUGUUGGGAUCUUUGGAGGAUUCUAUGCGCUGUACGUCACUGAAAAAAUCCUGAGGAUAGUCCUGAAACCAGAACAUGAGGGCCACGGACACAGUCACUUCCAGCCCACGGAGGGCAUCCAACAGAACGGCGCCAUCAAUACGGUGGAUUCUGACUUAAACUUUGCCAGUAGUGACAAAGCAAGCAUAACCUCUGACCCUCCAGUAGAGCAGGGGUCCUGCAGAUGGCUCAGAGGAAGACGGCUGGCCAGCGUGAAGACGGUGGCAUGGAUGAUUUCCCUCAGCGAUGCUCUCCACAACUUCAUUGACGGACUGGCCAUCGGCGCUUCGUUCACCGUGUCUGUUCUCAGCGGCUUUAGCACUUCUAUCGCUAUCGUCUGUGAGGAAUUCCCUCAUGAGCUGGGCGACUUUAUUAUCCUGCUAAACGCAGGGUUGAGUAUUCCACAGGCCGUCUUCUUCAACCUGCUGUCUGCUAUGUCCUGCUACGUGGGACUGGUCCUGGGCAUCUUGUUGGGAAGCACUUUUGCCCCCAGCAUCAUCUUUGCCUUUGCUGGUGGCAUGUUCCUUUACAUCGCCUUGGCUGAUAUGCUGCCUGAAAUGAACAUGAUUGCCAAUGAACAAGUGCAGAGCACGAAGGCCGAUAUCAUUUUUUUUGCCAUCCAGAACGCAGGAAUGCUGACAGGAUUUGCCAUGAUUCUUCUCAUCACAUUGUAUGGUGGGAACAUUAGCCUGGGCUGAGCCCUCGCUUCAUACUGCACUUAAAUUCUGUGCCCAUUCCAGAUCGUACUCUCAUUUAAGCUAUUUAUUUGAGAAGGAACUACUUCAUACUAUUAUUAAAUCAUUUAUACUGAGGAAACUUGAAAAUCAUUAGGUGUAAAAUAAUUUUAUGAUUUCUCAACAUGUAUAAUUUUAGCCAUUUUAUACUGUUGUAAAUAACUGACUGACCUACUAAUCAUGUUUUGUAGAACAGAAGGCACAAAGAGUGAUUUAUGGCUCACAUUUGGUGCUAUUUGAAUGAUCACGUUUGUUACUUUGUACAAUAGGAAUUUUGAAAAUCAUUCAAAAUAAGACGACAGAACAGAACUGUAUUAAAAAGUCCAAAUUUAUGUCUUUUUUUUUUUCUUUUUUCCAUUGGACACAUCCAUCUGUUAUACAGCUGAUGAUAUAUCUAUACAUUUAGUUAUUUAAUAUUCAUUAAACACAAUGUACACUUAAAAGCAUCUUUAAAACAGUACAGUCAGUGCAAUAUCUUUAUAGAUCAAAUUAAAAACAUUUUCUCUCCAAAAAUAUACACCUAUAUAGAUCUCAGAACAUUAAUUCUAACCCACUUUACAAGAAGUAAUCAGAAAACUUCAAUCACGCCAGGAGGUAAAAUAACUUAAACAGUUUUGACUGAACAAAGUUAUUGGGUGAAUCUCACAAAAAGGUCAUAUU